AUGGUCCCAGUCGCCCGGUGCUAUGGUUGCCGGCGCGCUCUGGUUGACGCGUUCAUAUUUACGUCCGGUCUUCCUGCCCGGUCACUCACAGUUGUAAAAUUGCCCAGAGCUACCAGAUCUAAGACGGUAGUGAAAAGAUUUACAACUACUCAAUAUCGUCCACAAGACGCGCGGCGUCUUGAAACAAGCCAUGAUCCUGACCAGAUAGACGAAGUUGGUCCGACGGAUACGAAGCAGAACAAGUCGCAACCAUGGUAUCUGCAGGUUGAAACGCCAUCAAGAGCUUCAAGCCCCUUGUUGGAUCGUCAGAAAUUACCGGAACUACCUGAAAACCCUCCACCGCUACUUUCGCCCCUGCUAAAUUACGCUUCCAUUGAUCUCGGCCUAGAUGAUCUCACGUUGCUCGAUUUACGACGACUCGACCCACCUCCUGCGCUUGGUUCAAAUUUGAUCAUGUUGCUUGGGACUGUCCGAAGUGAGAAGCAUUUGCAUGUUUCCGCCGAGCAAUGCUGUAGAUGGCUGAAAAAAGAAUAUCGACUCUCUCCACACGCUGAUGGGCUGAUUGGUCGUGGUGAAUUGAAGCUCAAAUUACGACGCAAAGCACGGAAAGCAAAGAUGAUGAGCAGAGUUGGGGCAGUUGAAACUACAGACGUAGACGAUGGGAUACGAACUGGAUGGAUAUGCGUUCAUACUCGCAACGUGCCUGACGGCGAAGGUUCGAAUCUAUACAAAGAUUUGCACGAAGACUUUGUGGGCUUUAAAGAGGAAUCAGAAGGUGUCAAUCUCGUCAUUCAAAUACUUACCCAAGAGAAGCGGGAGGAACUAGACCUUGAAGAGCUUUGGAAGAAGGCAGCUGCGAGACACGAGAGGAAAGAAGCCCGGCUUUCCUCAAACUCUGAGGAGCACGACCACACCAAGGUGCCUGGCCUGGACCGAACAAGCGAUGCUUCCGAAGACGCCCCUUUAGCUUCACUUGACGCAGAUACUUCCCGCAGACAUGACUCUAUGGCGCCAGGUCCCACUAGUCCUCCAGAAGAUGCUAUCUCAAAUUGCGUGAGCCUUCCAGCAAAUGCAAUUGUCGAUCUCUCUGCCGCAGAAUUGCAACGGACUCACAACUUGCAAGCUCAUGCGGACAGCUUAAAGUCUAUGUCAGUAUCAGAGGUUAAGGAGGCGCUUCAAAGUGAAUCCUCCUCAUUCUGGUCAUUUGUUGAAGACAGUUGGCCGCUGUUUCCAAGCGCAGAAGAAUACAAGAUUCGAACACAACUGCUAUGUCAAGCAUACGAGACUGGGGCCCAUCGCAACAAGAUUACUCUCAGUCAGACCUUCCGUGAAUUGCAAGCCACAUUUAUCGACAUCCCAGGUUCGCUGUAUGUGCGGGUGCUUCAAAGACUUCUUGCCUCGCCAGUAGCGGAAGCGGAUUUGAAUGAUGUGAUCGAUAUUGUCGAGAGUAUGAGUGCACGAAAAGGCGUUGAUGGAUUAGCCUCAUUGUUGUGUACAUUCCAAAAUGCGAUUCUAGAAGUCUCCGCUGGGGCUCAAUCCAUAUGCUUGAGAGAAGAUGCUUUUUUCCAAUUUAGGCAUCUUGUGACGGAGAUUUUUGGCGAGCCAAGCGUGGAAGACGAGGUCAUGAUGAUGUAUCUUUGCGCUGGCAAAGGACGUUGGGACGAGUUCUGGAUUGUCUGGCGCAAUUUUCCGUCAGCGAUGCGUCCGAGAACGAAACCAAUGUAUAUGGCCAUGUUUCUUUUGUUAGCUCAGAGAAACCACCAAGCAAAAGCCAUGCAAUGCUUGAGAGAGUGCGUCCCCGAAAUGGAACUCGAGGAGCCCCUUGUCGCUAUGGAUUCUGAGUUAGCGGAGGCUAUCCAGAAGCGUUUGGCGAGUGGGUAG